CUAUUUUAGCUUUGAUACUUGAGCUGGAAGCACAGAGCCGCCUUUUCUAGACAAGCGAACACACAACGUCUGUUAAAGGUUUGGAUCUUUAUGGUCACAAUGAAGGCCUUCGUCUUCUUUCUUCUCCUGGGGAUUCAGGGAGCUGCGGCAGUGACCCACUCUCUGAAGUAUUUCUUCACUGGAUCCUCUCAAGUCCCAAACUUCCCAGAGUUUGUGAUUGUUGGGAUGGUUGAUGAUGUUCAGAUGUUACACUAUGACAGCGACACGGAGAAACUAGUGCCCAAACAGGACUGGUUUGCCAAGAACAUGGAUCAGCAGUACUGGGAGAGUCAGACUCAGAUCGCUGUGGGUGAGCAGCAGGUGUUCAAAGCCAACAUUCAAGUUGCAAAGGAGCGCUUCAACCAAACUGGAGGUGUUCACAUAUUUCAGAAGAUGUACGGCUGUGAGUGGGAUGAUGAGACUGAUGUUGGUAAUAGUGGAUUUCAUCAGUUUGGUUAUGAUGGAGAAGACUUUAUAUCAUUUGAUCUAAAGACUCUGACGUGGAUCGCUCCAAAACAACAGGCUGUCAUCACUAAACACAAGUGGGACAAAGACAAAGCUUAUAAUGACUACUGGAACAAUUACCACAACCAGCUUUGUCCUGAGUGGAUAAAGAAGUAUGUGAGCUUUGGAAGGAGCUCUCUACAGAGAACAGUUCUUCCCUCAGUGUCUCUCCUCCAGAAGACUCCCUCUUCUCCAGUCAGCUGCCACGCUACAGGUUUCUAUCCUAACAGAGCUGAGUUGGUUUGGAGGAAAGAUGGAGAGGAGCUUCAUGAGGGUGUGGACAAAGGAGAGAUCAUCACUAACAAUGAUGGGACCUUCCAGAUGAGUGUUGACCUGGAUUUUUCAUCAGUCACAUCUGAAGACUGGAAGAGGUACGACUGUGUGUUUCAGCUCUCUGGUCUAAAUGAGGACAUCGUUACAAAACUGGACAAAAAUGCAAUCAAAACCAACUGGGGGAAACCUAGCAUUAGAAGUGAUGGAGGUUUUUCAGAUUCAACUGGAACAAUUAUUGGAGUUGUUGUCGUGAUGCUGCUUCUUCUAAUAGUCGGCGUUGGUCUUGGAAUCUUCUUCUGGAAAAGACGUACUAAUGGGUUUAAACGUGCCAACACUUCUGAGACUUCAUCUUCAUCAGCUGAAGAUCCAGACCCUAAGAAAGAGAGUGAAAAGCAGAAGAUGAUGGACAACACUGCUGGAAAAUAAUACAAGAAUGUGCCAUUCAAAAAAUCUGACUGUUUAAAGAUAUUUAAAUUUGUUCCUCAAGAAAUAUUCAUCAUUAUUUGCAAACUGCAAACUGUAUUUUAAAACUGCUAUUAAAAUACAAGUGGCUUUUUCUUAAGUACCAAGACAGACAUACUGCUGUCUUAGUAAAUCUUCUACUGAAUAAUAAACAUGUGGUUUGUAGAGGGAUCCUUUUGUAUCAGAUAACAUCAUAAAAUAAUAAAAAUGAAGUAGACUUUGGUUUUACACAGCUCAUACAGAAUGGUGGUGUAUAGGAUGCAUUGCUCUCUAAUCUAUAUUGUAUAUUGUAUAGCUCAGAUCUUUGUGAUGGCAUGUAGAUAAGUUUUUGGAUUUUAUUUCAUGUUCUUCACUUAAAAAUUUCAAAAGUAACUUGUGUGAAAACCUUAUAAAUUUAUUGAAAUUAUUUUUCCAUGCUGGUGUUCUUUCUUCUGGUCUUAUCUUUUUAACUUUUUUUUUGUUAUUACAGAUUGUGUAUGGUGCAGGGAUAAUGAACAUUAAUUUAUCAAGUGACCUAUUUUUAUGUAAAAUUGUAAACUUUAAAGGAUUUCUAAAUAAAGUUCUACUGAUUUGUUCUGUAUUUGAGGUUGUGUAAUAUAUAUAUUCUAUUUUUAAAAUUUACCUUCUGUCGGUUGAAUCCAAUCCUAACAAGAUUUUAAUAAAAACCAAGACACUGGAGAUCAC